AUGAUGCGCCACGACCCGAAGUGGGCUACGUUCAACAGCGCAUACAUCAACGAGAAUGUUCGGUUCCACCUUCAGAACGCGUUCUUGGAGGAGCCGACCGAGGACAGUCUACUCGCAAUGCUUACGCAUAUCGGCCUUUCGCGCGACCCUCGCGCGAGCAAAGACAUGGUUCCCAAUGAUAUCGAAGCGCUGAAGGCGGAGAGGGCACAGCUCAAAGGCGGCCGGCACCGGAUCAAGGGCUCGGAAAACGAGGGCAAGAUUCGAGAACUGACCAAGUUGAUCGCGACCAAGGAGCAGCAGCGGAAGACAGCUAUCCGGCGAGAUUACCGGAAACAUUACUUUUAUAACCGCCCGACAUGGGACAUGGAUGCCGAUGGGCAAGAGAGGGAGUACGUCAAGCCGGCCGUCGACCUGCAGAUCACCGAGCGCGCUCAGCUCGCCGAGAUCCUCUGCAACCAGCCGGACAACUUGGGCCCCGCAGAGCUCCUCGAACUCCGGAUCCGGGCGGACGAGCUGAUGGUCAUCCUGUGCGACAAACGGGAGACGGCGAGGCCGGGCCGCAUCCGACGGAGGGCGCAGGCGCAGGCCGACGUCACGGUGGAGGAGUCUCCUGGGCCGGACCCCUCUCCGCUCCUGAUGGACAGGAAGCAAUGUCCACGCUGCAUCAGAGAUGAGACCCUGUCCCAUGGGGAACGGACGUUCAAGUACUGUCGACCAGCGGUGAUGUACGACCAUUUCGAUAGGAAGCACGCGCAACAGCUAGGCGACGUGAAGCGGAUGCUGUGCAACCACCCGAAGUGCAAGGGGGAGGCGCUGGAGUUCAAGCACUUAGACCAUUUCAAGAAUCAUGUCGAGAGCGUCCACGGCGUCAGACUACGGGCCUGA